AUGACGCUGGAGCAAUACCAACAGCAACAAAAAUCAAGUAGUAGUAAUUUUAUCUUUAAAAAGCAUUAUAAUCGAGAAACUUCAACAUAUUUCAAUGAUGCCUACUCAAAAUACUAUGUUCCACGACCCGAAGAAAUUAUUGAAUUUCUUGUUCACCAUCACCAGUAUCCAAAAAAAACAGAUAAAGAUGAUUAUCUAAAAGUUAAAUGCCCAGUCUGUCGUCCAAAGAGAGAACAUUAUUAUUCCAUGAUGAUUAACAUAAAAAAUGGGACUUUUGAUUGUCCAUCUUGUUCAGUAAAGGGUGCUUGGAAUGACUAUCUGCAGAUGCUAAAUAAAACUGAAUUGUAUAAAAUUAUUUAUUCAAUAAAAAAUGCAUUUGAAGAAUCAAGUAUUGAAUUUACAAAAAAAUACAACGAUUUAGUAAACUAUAAAAAUGAAUUAAUGAAUCAUUCACAAGUUAUCGCUAAUAUUUUAGACAAAUUUAAAAUUACUUAUGAUACAUUAAGAGAUUAUGAAGUUGGUGUGGCAAGAUACAUCAAUAACAAUCCUACAGUUCCAAACAUUCCUCAAAGUUGGUUAAAGAAUCCCUCGGAUCUAAGAUAUGGUGAAUUAUGUAUAACAUUUCCAAGAAUUGCACCUUCUUUUAAAGACUUAAAAGAUUGCACAGAAUUAAAAACAUCUAUAGCAAGAAUUAAAGCCUGUUCAAUAAAUAGGGAUUUUGAAUUAGUGGCAUACGACCCACCAUCAUUUCAGGCAGGUCUUUUUGGUUAUCACUUGGCAUCAUUAGAGAUUGAAACGAUCAUUUUAGCUGGAAAUGAAUUUGAUGCAAUGGCAGCAUACCAGGAAACAAAAAUACCUGCCUUUUGUCUACCUACUGAAAAUAGCCAAUUACACCUUCAAAUUCUUCCUCUGUUACAAAGGUUUUCUAAAAUUUAUGUUUGGUUGGAUGAUGAUGUUAUUGGUCAAGACAUGUCAGAAAUGUUUGUCAAGAAGUUGGGGAUUGAGCGUUGUUUAAUAGUGAAUACACGUUGUGGCAGUUUAGAUGGACCUCUUAAUGCUAGUCAAGCAUUAAUAAUGGGAAGAAAUCUGAUUCAAAUACUUUCUAAUUCUAAACCAUUACCACAUGAACAAAUUAUUAAUUUUGAUCAUAUUAAAGAUGGAGUAUAUAGAGAAAUCAUUAAUCCAGACCAAGUUCGUGGUGUCAUGUCUAACGAUCUUCCUGCAUUAAACAAAACACUUAAAGGACAUCGUCCAGGUGAAAUGACCAUUUUUAGCGGUGGGACUGGCACAGGGAAAACCACCGUUUUAAGUCAACUUUCUUUAGAUUAUUGUAUAUCAGGUGUUAGUACAUUAUGGGGAAGUUUUGAAAUUCCAAAUGUAAGAUUGGCAAAAAAAAUGUUGCAACAAUUUGCUGAAAAAGAUUUAUCACAACACCCUGAAGAAUUUUCUGAAUGGGCUGCAAAAUUUCAACAGGCAAAUACAGAAAUUGAUACAGUCAUUGAAGCAAUGAAUCAUGCGACGUUUGCUUAUGACGUUCGACAUAUAAUUAUAGAUAAUUUACAAUUUAUGACAUCAGAUUUAUGUAGAUUCAAUGACAGAUGGGAAUAUCAUGAUCGUACCAUAUCAAAAUUUCGUAGCUUUGCAACCGAGAAAAAUGUUCAUAUCACAUUGGUGGUGCAUCCACGAAAAGAUAGCAGGGAUUUAUUUGAUGGUACACUAGCAUCUAUACCUAUCGAAUUUGUACCAGAAACUCUGAAGAUUAGACAAAUAGAUGAUCAUUUUAAUCCUAAUUCGCGAGGAAAACCACGUUCACCUUACAAAUCUAGACCAGUAAGAAAAGAUCCAUUUGCAUACACUAUAAAAGAUGUAGAUAUGAUCCCAUUAGAGGGGACAAUUUAG